AUGUGGGGUGUCAAUCAUAGUUCGCCUGGGCCAGGCCUUGAUAUCUCUAGCAUCAUAAGACUCAGUCUUCUCUUUUCUGGUCUUGUCCUGGGCCAGCUGCCCAACUUGACUGGUGUUGCGACAACUGGCAGUACAGACAACAGCCCCAGCACCAUCGCAUCGACUCCCCUUUCAUCUCUUGUUGACCGACAGUCGGCCCUCAGGGUAAUGGUUGUUGGUGAUUCAAUGUCCCAAGGUCAGGAAGGCGAUUAUACGUGGCGCUACCGAAUUUGGCAGUUCUUCCAGCAGAACGGCAUUGAUGUUGACAUGGUCGGACCAUACCAUGGCACUAUGCCUCCGGAUGCUGCCACCCCGUCUUCUCUGCCACCUCUGCACGGCCCGUCGCCUUCUCCUAACAGCCCCAGAACGACCGGCACCUAUGCUUCGGACGUGGACUCGGCAUUCCUGUCGAACUGCAACCACUUUUCUGCCUGGGCUGUGGCAGUAGACAAAGGACUGAUCCAGGGUGUUCUCCAGUCCACACCCGCCGACCUUAUUCUUUAUAUGCUCGGCUUCAACGAUAUAGGCUGGUUCUAUAGCGAUGCUGCCGGCACCAUCGACAACGUCAAAAAGUUCGUCACCAACGCCCGAGCAGCCAACCCCGACAUCAAGAUCGCCAUGGCGAACGUCCCUCAGCGAAGCUUUAUGGAGGGCCGAGAAGAUCUUGUUCAAAACACAAAGGUGUAUAACACGUUACUUGCCAACUAUAUCCCACAGUGGUCAACCGCGCAGUCCCCUAUUCAUCUGGUGCAUCUCCAAGAGAACUAUGACUGUCAGCCCGGCGGAUGUCCAGCAGGUUCCGACGGCUUGCACCCCAACGCAUGGGGCGAGUUUCAAAUUGCCAACGCCUUCUCCCACACGCUCGUCAACGAUUUUGGUCUCGGUAAAAAUCCAAUUGCGGUUCCCGCACGAGACGACCCUCGUCUGGCCGACGUGUUGCCGUAG